GUUACAUAAAACUAUAAAACAAGUCAGUCUGAUGCCUGUCGGAUCUAGUCCUUCGUACAUACAGCACGCUCUUUGCGUUUUAAAUUUUAACAAGAGAUAAAUUUAUUUAAAAAGAGUCGAAAUCGUGACGGAAGGUGCAAAGGUGAAAAAAGACAAAUAAUAUGAUAAUUUUACUGAUAUGGAGCGCGGUGCUGGUGGCAGCAAUCGCUCUAUACUUCCGCCAGACAUACUCGAGGUUCAGUAAGCAUGGGGUGAAGAAUUUAAAACCUGUGCCGUUCUUUGGUAACAUGACCAGACUUAUAUUCCGUCAACAUAAUUUUGGUGAUGAUUUGGACUUGAUCUACAAUACAUUCAAAGGAGAGAGAUUCGUCGGAAGAUAUGAAUUUAUCAAGCCUAUGUUGGUAAUACGAGAUCUCGAGCUCGUCAAAAAGAUCACUAUCAAGGAUUUCGAAUAUUUUCUCGACCAUCGAGGUUUCACUGACGAAAAAACUGAACCUCUAUUCGCAAGAAAUUUAUUUUCAUUAAAAGGCCAAGAAUGGAAAGACAUGCGUUCGACUUUAAGUCCAGCAUUUACAAGUUCAAAGAUCAAGUUGAUGGUACCUUUUAUGGAAGAAGUAGGGAAACAGAUGAUACGAGCCUUGGAAAAGAAAAUCAAGGAAUCUCCAACUGGAUCCAUCGACGUUGACUGUAAAGACUUGACAACGCGCUAUUCUAACGAUGUGAUUGCUUCCUGCGCGUUUGGUCUUAAAGUAGACUCAUAUACUGAAGAGGAAAAUAAGUUCUACGAGAUGGGAAAGAAUGCUUCCACAUUUAAGUUACGACAAAUGUUACUAUUUUUUGCGUCCUCUGCUUUUCCAGUGCUUGCAAAGAGAUUGAAAUUAACAUUGUUUUCGAACGCUACUAAAGAUUUCUUUAUGGAAUUGGUGCUGAGUACGAUGAGGGACAGAGAAGCGCGUAAUAUCGUAAGACCUGAUAUGAUCCACCUACUAAUGGAAGCCAAGAAAGGACAACUAGUACAUGAUGAUAAAGCAGGAAAUGAGAAUCUUCAAGAUACCGGUUUCGCUACUGUCGAAGAAUCAUCUGUGGGAAAGAAAAAUAUUGACAGAGCUUGGUCGGAAAUGGACCUCAUCGCUCAGGCAGUAUUAUUCUUCAUAGCUGGCUUCGAAACCAUAUCAACUGCAAUGUCCUUUGGACUACAUGAGCUGGCCGUACAUCCUGAGAUCCAAGAACGAUUGGUGCAGGAGAUUAAAGAGAAUAAUGCCAAAAAUAAUGGCAAGCUGAACUUUUCAUCGAUCCAAAGCAUGACAUACUUAGACAUGGUGACAUCAGAGUUGCUCCGACUUUGGCCUCCUGCUAUGGCUUUAGACAGAAUGUGUGUAAAAGAUUAUAACUUGGGAAAACCUAACGAUAAAGCUACCGAAGACUAUAUCAUAAGAAAAGGUGAAUUGCUUUGGAUACCAUCUUGGUGCUUCCAUCAUGAUCCAGAGUUUUUCCCAGAUCCUCUCAAAUUUGAUCCUGAGCGUUUCUCUGACGAAAACAAGCAUAAAAUCAAUGCUACAGCUUACAUGCCUUUCGGUCUUGGCCCCAAGAAUUGUAUUGGAUCGAGAUUUGCUCUGUGCGAGCUGAAGACGCUUCUGUAUCAGGUACUGCUGCAUAUAGAAAUUUCUCCUUCAGAAAAGACAUUGUUACCCGCCAAGCUUUCAACCGAGUCAUUCAACCCUCGAAUUGAAGGCGGUCAUUGGUUAAAAUUUAAGAUCCGUAAUUAAUGAUUAUUGCAA